CAAAGCGCAAAGAAAGCAGAGGUUGAGACGGGAAUUAAACGCUUAAUUUUUCUUUCUUUGCUUGAAAAAGAUGGAAGACGAAGAAGCUGUGCUCAAGAAAAAGUUGGAGGAUACGACUAAUUUUGAAGAAAGACGUGAAAUCAGGCAAAAGCUCAGAGAGCUACGCAAAAAGAAACUUGAUGCUUUAGAGUCUGCUACAACUGCAGCAAAUGAAAGACCAAGGAGAAGAGAUAGAGUUAAAAGAGAAGAGCAAACCACUAUUAUAACAGAGACAAAAACAACCAGUGGUGAUUCUUUGGAGCCAUCAACAGUGCAAACUAAGGUAGAGGUCAGUUAUAGUCACACUGUGGCAACUGAUGAACCCUCUGAAAAUGGUAUUGAAAAUGGACAUGUUGAAAGUGAAAGUGUUGUUGAAGAGGAAACAGUUUCUGCUAAGGAGGAAAAUCCUGUUGAGGAACAGCCAGGGGAAGGUGAAAGUGCAGCGCAGUUGAGUAUAGAAAUCAAUGGGAAAAAAAGUUUCCAAGAUAAAGAUGAAGAAGUGGUGCUAGCACCACAAUCUGAACUUUCAACAGAGACUGAAACUGUAGAAAAAUCUUCUGAAACAGUCAAUGAGGAUGAACCACCACAGGACAAUGAAGAAGAAGAAGUUGAAGAAGUAGAAUUAACACCAGAAGUGAUUGAGAAAAUGGAGGACUUAGAUCAAUUGGAGAAACUGCUUGAAGAUGUCCCUUUAAAUGAGUAUGCACUGAGAAAGGCAAUAAGGUUGCAAAUAAGACAACUGAGAGUCAAGAAAGAGGUGAACAAAGAUAGUGAAAUUGGGCUAGGGUUAAGAAGGAAAGAUAGAGUCAAUCAAAAUGAUGACUUACCAGGAAAUAAUGCAUCUUUGGGAAACCAACCUUCUGAGAGUUCCAGGUCACCAAUAUCUGAUGAUAGCGGAUUGAGUUCUGGCACUGAAACUAUGGCUUCAGUAUCUAUUGAUGAGGAUAAUGUUGAGCCUGACAUUGACAGUGUGAAGCCCCAGGCAGUGGCAAGUGACUCUGAUGCAGACGAUGCUUCCUCUACAGUAUCAAGCUUAACCUCUGAGAGUGCUUCUGAGCCAGAGGUUGUCAAAACUCCACCACCAAGGCCUCCCAAACCUUCAAGGCCUUUGUCAAGCACUCCUGUUGAGAGAAAAUCUGAUGCAGAGCUUUCAGAAGAUUUUAAGACUAGAGUACGAGGAAGCUCAGCAACACCACCAAGAGAUCUGUCAAAAAAGCCCAAAUCUUCAGGUCCUGAGCAAGUGGAUUUCCGAAACCAACUUAAGAAAACUGGUUUAAGAGCUGACAGAGAUCUGACUGCACAGGGAAAAAGACAGCAACAGGGAGACUUCCGUGGACAGCUGAGGUCAACAGGUGUUGACACGUCAAGAAAUUUAUCAGCGCUAAGAAAUAUCGGUAAGAAAAAGGAAGGGCCUGCUCAGGUUGAUUUCAGAGGACUCUUAAAUAAACCAAAGGGUUCUGAAAGUCCUGUUGAUAAAAAAGCGCCACCACGCCCUCCACCAACAUACUUAUCGAAAAAAGCAGACUCUGGGGCUUCAGCUUCACGAACUUCAGUGGAAAGUCAAUCAACUGAUGGUAAGGAAGGGGUAAAGGACACGAAAAGUAAAGGUGUUCGAAAGAUUUCAAGUGCCGACCUGCUGAACAUGUUGCACAAACCUGUUGAGACUUCUAAGGAAAGCUAUCUUGUGCAACGAGGUAUCAAGAAGGCGGAGGCCUCAAAAUCCAUGACUCAGAAAUUCGUAGCUCCAUCAACUAGUACAACAGAUGAGACACUUCAAGCUCGAAUGGCAGUGAGAAAGGAAAGGUCAGAGAAACUUGUCCUUCCAGUCAAAGAUCCUCAAGGACAAAGGAAAACCUCAAAAGAUGAGGAAAUGAAAGAUUUUCGUACCGUUCUGAGGAAAGCUGCUGCUCAAAAAUCAAGAGUAUUGCCCAAAGGAUCUGAACUUCAAGGAGAGGAGGAAACUUCAGUAGGUGAAGCCAAAAGGAAUGAAAGAUUUUCAAUAGACAUCCAAGACAAGAAUGAACUUGCAAAGUUACGAGCAGAUCUUUUACGACAAAAAGAAAAACAGGAUAAAGAGCCUUUGGGAACAAAAACUGUUACAACUGUUACAGAGAAGACUGUUGAGGAGACUGAUGAGGGACAAGGAACAAGAACAACAGAGGUUAAAAAGAUGACAGAGGUGCACAAGACAGGGGAAGGUACCACGACAGUGACUAAAACAACAAAAACAACCACAGGAGGCAGCAAAGGAGCUUCAAUUGAUGCGCUAUUUGCACAAAAGAAGAAAGAGAGAAUGAUGGCCAAAAAGAAAGCAGAGGCAAAUACAAAGGACAGGAGAAAUGCAUUUAAACAGCAGCUUGAAGCUCAUGCACCCAAAGUCGAAGGAGGGAGGAAGUUCACAAGUGGCAACACUGCUGUAAACCAGCUCCAGGAAUGGUGUCGUCGAAGAACUAAGUUUCAUGAGGGAGUAGACAUCCAAAACUUUACCACCAGCUGGGCCAACGGGCUGGCUAUGUGUGCCCUGCUAAAUUACUUCCUACCUGAGAAGAUUCCAUAUGAAACUCUGGAUCCUCAAGACAAAAAGGGAAACUGGACUCUAGCCUUUAAAGUUGCAAAUGAGGAGGGCAUUGAACCUUUGUUGGAGUUGGAAGAUGUUAUGGCUGUUGAUGUUCCAGAGCCCAAAAGCCUGAUCACUUAUGUCCACUUUGUUUACCAACACUUUGCUGAGAAAAAACAACAGCAACAAGCCUAGAUGAGUUCCUCUGAGGAUAAGGUUCUUGGGGCUGCACUUUUGUGUUUCUUGAGCAUAAUAUUAUAUUUUAAAUCAGGAGUAAUUCGUUCAUUUUUAGACUUAUAGGAGAGAGAGAUCCAAUAUUGAGUUAUUUUUCUGUUUUCAGCCUCUUGGAAUGUUCUUUGAUCCUUUCCUAUUUAUAUUGACAAUUAUAGAGUUAUGAAGCAGCCCUUGCUUAAUUUUAUUGUAUUUGAAGUAAUAUUAUAUUAUGGAAACGUUUUUAGUAAAAUGGUUUUAGUUGUAGAGGAACAUUCAGGUUAUUUUAAUCAGUUGUUCAGCCAAGGAUUUUUGUUUUGUAUUUACUAGAUUUUUAGCAAGAGUGACUAAUUGUGAAUUAAAUUCUGCAUUUUAUAGUAAUGGAAUUAAUAAGGUACAUUAUUAAACAGUCUAAUACGGUUUAUAUAUUAAGGAAGUUUGUAUCAUUUAUACAAUACAACUUGCUGAUAAUUGAAUUUUUCUGGAGGAUUUUCUCCACCAAAUUUUUGAACAAAUCCGUUUUUAUAGAGUAAAAAUAAAUUUUGACAAAGUAUCUUGCACAAAAGUCAUUUGAGGUACUUUAGAAGAGUGAUUAUAUCUAAGUGGCUCAUCAGAUGUCGGUAUAUCAGAUCAAAUUGUUUUGGUUGAGUUUGUAUACAGUGUUAGUAAGGAUGUUGCAUGUUACAGUUAACCCUUUAAUUCCCAAGAUCUGAUUGUUCAUUCUUUCCUCCAGCUACUAGACAUUUCCUCGUGAAUGAGUUACGAGAAUCUGGUGUUAGAUCAAGGUAACAACCUGUAUCUGUAAAGUUUGCGUAUUCUCAUCACUUGUUUGGUGGAUAAUGUGUGUAUAUUUUAGUGAGAGGUUCCAUGUUGAUCACAUCUGGAAGUUAAAGGGUUUAAACAAUCUGUGGUAUGUUAGUAAUAGUCAUAGCUCAGAGAUCGAGUUGUUGAUAGGUCUACUGGUGUUGUAGAAGGAAGAUUGUGUUCGUGCAAGGAUUCAAGUCAAACUUUUACUAAGUUUCGUGUUAAAGGUGCGUGUUUUGCAUCAAAGUUGACUAACGAGUAUGUUGAAAACUGUCUCCAUGGAAAAUAAUCGCAAACAUAAGGGUGGUGUUCGCAUUUUCGUAAGUGCAGGAAUAUUUUCUACGCAUUACACGAGAGUGUUUUACCUGUUGGUUGGCCAGGUUCCAUUCAAGCGAGAUUUUACAGGGCCUUGCUCAAGGCAAUUUUGUCCAUAAUUCAGAUUUGCCCUACUGAUAUCUUCAUCGAGGAUAAGGAAGUUUGAAGAUGAGAGUUAAAUUGUGUGCCCGCUUUGACCGCGAGUAAACUUCCCUGUUUUAUCGGCUCACCUAUCCUCUUGGGUAUUGUAAACCCGUGCAAGAUCAGCCGUCACAGAGAGAAUUCUCCUUGGGUAGAAGGGUUAUCUUGUUCGAAACGGGAAUUUUUAAAUAUUCGUGAUAAAGAAAUACAGAUAAUUAAAUGACAAGAAAAAACCUGGUCAGUAAUAUAUACAAUAACUUGUCGUUUAUCUUAAUUUAAUCACAAUUUUUGCAAGCAAGUCAACGAAACAAUAAAAUAAUUUCCACGGCGGGUAAUUUAAGAUGUUAUUGUAUCUUAUAGUACUCAGAGGUAGGGCAUGAGAUGUCAAACACGAAAUAUACAGUACACAUCUGUAGCUAAUAUUCUGCACUACUGUUUAUAAUUAGAUCGAUUUUAGAGCAUGGUUUUUAUUAAAAUUACGAAAAAUCCGACUGAA